AUGUCCAUUCUCUCAGAUAGGGAAGAAGCUCUUCUCGCGAAGGCAAGGUCGAUCGGGGCCGAAUUCGUGUAUGAACCUGAAUAUGUUGCUAAAGGUGUUAGAGAAUAUUUGAAUCUUAUGGAGCAGGGCUUGAAGCAGCCCAAACAGGCAAUGACCAUGAUCCCAACCUACGUUACUGCAGUUCCGAAUGGCACCGAAAAGGGAGUUUACCUUGCUGUCGAUCUCGGCGGUACUAAUUUCCGUGUCUGUUCUAUCCACCUGCAUGGGGAUAGUAAGUUUACUCUCACGCAGGCGAAGACACCAAUACCAAAGGAACUCAUGACCGGGACCUCGAAGGGACUUUUCUCCUUUUUGGCCAAGCAGAUCGAAGACUUCGUUAAAAAGCACCAUUCUGAUCACUUUGAACCAGAAACUUCGUAUUCCCAACUCAAGCUCGGGUUUACAUUUUCCUUCCCAGUUGAACAGGUUGCACUUAACAAAGGCUAUUUGAUCCGGUGGACCAAGGGUUUUGACAUCCAGGAUGCUAUCGGAAAAGACGUCUGUGAACUUCUUCAGACGGAGAUCGAUGCCUUAGGUUUACCGGUCCGUGUGGUGGCCUUAGUGAACGACACCGUGGGAACACUGAUGGCACGAUCUUAUACCUCACCCGGAAAGGCAGGGACUCUUCUCGGCGCGAUAUUUGGGACGGGAACAAAUGGCGCAUACGUUGAAAAGCUUCCGAGAAUACCCAAAUUAUUCAAUAAAACCGAGAACUACGGUGAAUACGACAGUUCAUCAGGCGUCAUGGUGAUUAAUACGGAAUGGGGUGCCUUCGAUAACGCGAUGAAGGUCCUGCCUGACACUCCCUACGAUCGAGCUCUAGACAAGAAUUCGGUGAAUCCUGGAAUGCAAAUGUUUGAAAAGAGAGUAUCCGGCAUGUUUCUAGGAGAAAUCCUCCGAAACGCCAUUGUUGCCUUGAUGGACGAUGGGCUUUUUAAUAUGGGCCACGGCACCAGCAUCGACGAAAACGGACCACUAUUCACCCCUUGGAGUAUAGAUACUAGUGCGCUGAGCACCAUACAAGCAGAUUAUACAAGCUCGUAUAGCUUGACAAAGCAACUUCUAGAGAGGGACAUGGGAGUUUCAGCGGCAUCCACUGGUGAUGCAAUGGCUGUUAAAGCAUUGGUAUACGGAAUUGGAAAACGUUCUGCACGGCUGUCUGCUAUCCCGAUCGCCGCCACGGCGAUUGCGACUGGAGCCUACGAGAAUUACAAGCAGGCCAAGGCUGAAGCCAAAGAAGGGGAGGAAGUUGAAAAGAUUGAUAUUGGUGUGGAUGGAAGCGUUGUUGAGUACUACCCAGGGUUUGAGCGAUAUUUAAGGGAGGCCCUGCGCGACAUACAGCCUCUAGUUGCUGGAGCAGCGGGUCUUGAAGAAGCUAUCAGAAUUGGGAUUGCAAAGGACGGCAGCGGGGUGGGUGCAGCACUGAUAGCAUUAGUUGCAUAA